AUGACUAGAAUCAUCAAUCUCGCCCUUUUGAUCCUGCAGGUUCUUCUGGGCCUUUUUGCCAUUGCUCUUGCAGCCCCCGUUGUAGAGGCAACCUUGGUUGAAGUCAUUCCCGGACCAGGGAUGCCUAGUUUGGCAUCUCUCAACCUCACAUCAGCACAGCUGUACGCCAUGGAUCCCCUGUCCCAUGGUUUGGAUGCCCGAGGUGCCAAUAUCGAGGAGAAAUGUUUCAACUUUGACCUUGCCCCUCGCACCCAAGUUAGUGCCUGCAAGAGCUACCUGACUGCGCUUGGAAAAACCAUGUGCGGUGUCCAUGCACCAGCCGGCGUUCAUGGCUUCUAUCAGGCAUUUUGCCAGGCCGGGAAGGCUAUGAUCUACGGUGCCAAUUGGGGACCUACCGACUUUGCUGGAUCCUACUGCUCUGACGUUGCCUUGGCCAUCGGCUACCUUCUUCGUGACUGCGGUGCUAACGGCGGAGAUAUUGCUGGCCAAAUUGCUGCAAAUGGAAACGGGGCUCUCCUCGUUAGUGUUGUCGGCGUCUAA